AUGAAACGAACACGAGGGAUUCCCACGGUGGAUCCCCGUGCCGUGGCCCAUUGGCACGCCAUGCGACAGGCGCCCAUUCAGCCGUUGUUGGAAGGGAUUGUCGGACCCGGCGCCCAGUUCCAGGGGAUCCAGAAAGCGGCCAUUGACGCCGUCAUGGGCAGUGCCCCGUGGGUAUUGGGGGUGAUGGGCACCGGUGGUGGGAAGAGCAUGAUAUUCAUGGUCCCCGCGGCGUGGGAGCGUGCCGGGACGAGCAUCGUGGUGGUGCCGACGGUAUCGUUACGGCAGGAUAUGCAGCGGGAGUGUGCGCAGGCGGGCAUAUCAUGCGUGCCGUGGAAUUCCCAUCGACCGCCCGAGACGGCGCGGAUCGUAUUAGUGACGCCGGAAUCGGCCACCAGCAAGGGGUUUCGAUCGUACAUCAGUCGAUUGCAGGAGCGGAACCGAUUGGACCGGAUCGUCAUCGACGAAUGCCACACGAUAUUGGACAGCCGCGAGGAGUUUCGACCGAAGAUGGCGGGAUUACACGUGUUGAUGACCAUCGGCAGUCCCGUGGUGUUGUUGACGGCCACGUUGCCGGCCGUGGAUGAGGUUCGAUUAUUCCAGCGGUUGCAGUUGACGCCCACCGUCGUGCAACGAUUCCGCAGUCCCCACACGACGCGGGUCAACAUCGCAUAUCGGGUCGAGUCGAUGAGCGUGGACGUGGAUGAGGACGAGGUGGUGGCAUUCAUCCGGCAGCGCGAGGCCCAUUGGCAUCCCCGUGGCGGCCAGAUCAUCGUAUAUCGGAGCGAGACCGGCGACGUGGACGCAUUGGCCACCCGAUUGGGUUGUUUGGCAUAUCACGGCAAGAUGGCCGUGGCCAUGAAAGAGCACGCAUUACAGGCAUUCACCCCGCAUCCCGAGGGGACGACGGACCCCAUCCGCAGUGGCAUGACGAUUGUGGCGACGAACGCAUUGGGCAUGGGCAUCAAUAUUCGCACCGUGCGGUGUGUCAUCCACGUGGAGGUGCCCAGCAUGUUGCGGGAGUACAGCCAGGAAAGCGGACGGGCCGGACGGGAUGGGCAGGCCAGUGAAGCCAUCAUCAUCGCGCCCACGCCAUUCCAGGCCCGCGGAUGGUCGCAGUGGGAGGCCGGAUAUGAAGAAGGGAAACAGGCCAUGCGGGAGUAUUUCCACGGCACCAGAUGUCGACGGGCGGUAUUGGAUGCGUAUUUGGAUUCAUACGAGAGACCCGACGGUUGUACGGACGGUGAGGCACCAUGUGAUCAAUGCAGCGUCCGUUCGCAUCCAUCCCCAUUGCAUUCCGCCGACGUGACGGCCACAUGGAUGGCGCAGGAGCAGCAGAAGCAGACGAUGGCCCAGCAGGUGCAACGGAUCCGUGGGGAGGCGGCCAUGGCGGUGGAUCAAUUAGAGAGCACAUUAUUGCAGUGGCAACACCGAUGUGCGGUGUGUUAUAUGGAGACGAUGGAUGUGGCCAUGUCCAUGCAUCCCAUCACGGCAUGUUCCCAACCCGCGGCGGGCAUUGUCCAGGGUCACAUCGAGCAGAUGACGCGGCAGAUGCGGGAGCGGCGCAAAUACGCGCGGUUUUCGUGUUGUUUCACAUGCGGGGUGCCCCAGGCCAUAUGCCAGCGAUACGAGGCCCGUCCCGACGGUGGAUGGCGGGUCAUUCCCGAACGACAAUGCCAGUUUCCGGACGUGGUGAUCCCGACGGUGAUCAGCAUCAUGCAUUUGAACCCCGGCGCAUGUGCGGAGACGAUAUAUGCAUGGAUGCGCGACGACCAGGUGGAUGUGGAGGAUGCCGACCACGUAUAUGCAUGGUUUGGGCAGAAGAUCCGAUGGAGUGGCAUGGAAGGGACCCGAUUGAUUGAGGUGUUUUAUCGGUUGAGUCGGUUUGUGAUUGCACCCACAUCCCGGUCCCCACGAGCAUGA